CACCAAGAUGGCGGAUAGUAACCGUUGCUAAGCUAUUGGUCACGUGGGUGAAACCCAAGAACGGAAACGAACCUCACUCGUGAAAAAUCACGCAAUCACCAUUAAUCUUGUGACACGAUUCGAGAACUGCUAGAUAUUUUGAUUAUUAUAGAUGUUUUAUGAAUAUGAAGAUCUCUUCGAAACAGUAAUCAGUGUUUAGACGACACACGGCGUCUUCUCUUGCCAUUUAGCCAAAUUAUUAGAUACAAGAUGCCUGUCAAACACGCCUCAACAAAACGUAGCGGAAGAGUUCAACAGACCGAUAAACCAGGGUGGGAUGGUUUAAGUGGCAAGGUUUCCAACAUGGUUGAACAGGCCAAGAUGCUUUUUGAUUCUUUAUUUACCAUCAUCUGGAAUCAAGCAAAGAACAUUUUCGACAAAAUGGAUCACUUGAGCGGUCAUUCUUCUGCUGGUUACGCGGCAGUUGCGACGAUAAAAGUUAUCGCCAUAUUGUUCAUGAUUAUUGUUGCGGUCGAGUGCAUAUUUCAUUUUCGAUCUUAUUUCUGGUUGUUAUGCGGAUAUUUGAGUUCUCUCCUAUAUUUCGCUGCUGCGAUAAUAGUUCGAGGUGCAACUUUGAUUUUGGCGAGCGUAUGGGCUAUUUUGAAGCAUCUUUUCGACUUCAUCUGGAAAAUCCUUAUGGGAUCGAUAAGAGUUGCCAUCUAUUACUUGAGGCCCACCAUGUUAUUCGCUUUCAGUGGCGCGACUACUGUUUUGCAUGACCUAAUUAUAAUUUUCUCAAGAUGGGCCUUGAAUCUUGGGAUUGACUGGAGAAGUUUUUCUCAGCUGUUUUGUUUGUACGGCAUGGUGAAAGUGGUUUCGCUUUGGAUCAAACACGGCACAAGAGUUUUAUGUGACAAGAUUUCUAGUGCCGUUGAACAGGUCAAAAGGCAAUUUGAUGCUAUGUUUACCAUCUUCUCUAACCAUGCAAGGAUUAUUCAAGACAAACUGGAUCGUUUUAGUCGACAUUCAUUCGCUGGUUACGCAGUGGCGGCGGCCAUAAAGAUUUGUGUCAUGUUUGUAGUGACAGCCUUUGUUGUCAAGUGCGUGUGGAUAAUGCUUGGAUAUCUUUCUAUAAUAUCAAUCCAGAUCUUGUAUUUUUCUGUGAUGUUUAUCACUAGAGGCACGAGAAUGCUCAUGAAUUAUAUGAGUGCUUCCUGUGAGAAUAUCCUGAUUUCCUUUUGGAAAACGUUGAAGGGCUCAACCAUAACUGCCUUUCGUUUUCUUAAAUCUUUUCCAUUACCUUCUUUUACUGUUGUGGCUCUUAUUUUAUCUUACGUUAUAAGUAUUUUGCAAAUUUGCAUUUUGUGUGGUGCAUUGAUUAUUCUUUGUUCAAAGACUUGGAACAAAUAUAGAGGAAAAAUUCAGCAAGGCGUCAGUUUCUGGAUUGGUUUUUGCCACAAUGUUUUCAGUACUACUACUCCGGCCAAGACAGGUUUUUAUUCUUUACUUGCCGCCUGCAAAAGCCUAGCAAGGGUAAUUCAAGUCAAAAUUGAUUGUUUGAGAAGACAUUCGUCGGCUGCUAACAUGAUAGUGAAGGCGAUCAAAAUUGUUGGUAUUUUGUUUGUGGUUACCCUUACAGUCGAGACCGUCUUUCAUUUCAGAUCAUAUUUUUGGUUGUUGCUACGAUUUCUAACUUACCUCCUACACCUGGCCGUGGCAUACAUCAUCAGAGUUCCAAGCGUAAUCUGGAAAAAUCUGGUUGCUAUUUUAGAGUAUGUUCGAAGAGCUAACUCGGAGAUCUUCCUGGUACUCACCAAACUUGCCCUUGAGCACCUAACAACGAUCUCUUCGCUUGCUUCAAAUUACUCCAGUGUUUUAAAUUACCAAACUAAAUCGAUCUCAAAGACUACCGUCAAUUUAACAAAGAGCUGGAAGGGUAUUUUACAAGUAUGCCUCUUGCUUGGGGUACUAGCGCUGGUGUUACUUUGGCGUCUCAGGGCUAAAGCUUUUAGUAGGAACUUGUUACGAGCAGCUGGUUGUGAGUCCACGCCUUACUGUUGGCAGUUCAAAGAGGAAGAUUCGUAUUCCUGGAGAACCUUUGGCCCUUCUGACAAUGAGGCUUUGGAAGAGCUUUAUUGUGACGUGGAUAAUCUGGAAGUUAACGUGAACCUUAAAGAUACUGCAUUGAGCAUUUUUAUGAAGUCAGCAUCACAGAUGUCAGUUAAUUACGAAGAGAUGUCCAUGAACUCGCCCUCCUCUGUCCAGUUCUUGCUCCGUCGAUGCUCAACACCGUCAUACGUUCAGGAGCCGAACAACAAGUCAUCUACACAGUGGGUUUGGUAUUGGAAAGACAACAAUGGUUGGAAGAAAUACGCUGAAACGAUACAGUCAUCUGGCGCUAAACAAGAAAAGAUAGAAGCUGCCUAUUUGAAUGAUGAACGCACUUAUUCCUUUGGAAGUGGUUCACACAAUUACAUUCUCAAAUUCUGCGAAACACCAAUGUACCAAAUGAAUACGGACCCAGACCUCCUUACCAAGCGACAAGUUAGAAGGAGGCCAUUGUUUGCUUCAAAAUCAGAACCUCAGGACACCAAUAGGUAUCUGAGAGGCAAAGCUAAAGAUUUUGAACGAACGCGUUUGGAAAAGGACUGUAAGGAAUACCGAACUGUAAGUCAGCGUUUUCAUGAAACAUUGCCGGAACACAAGGCUUCCAUAUUGAUGGUGGAAAAAAUUCAGAAUGACGAGUUGCGUGAGAGAUACGAAAGUAAGCGCGAACGAAUUCAAAGGAAACUAACACUUAGAGGGCACGAUGAGAUUGAAAAGUUUCUGUUCCAUGGUACAGCAUCAGACGUUGUUGAUGCCAUCUGCAAACAUAAUUUUGACCACAGAUUGCGAGGGAAGAAUGGGACACAAUACGGAGAAGGGAGCUACUUUGCUGUAAAUGCCUCCUAUAGUAAUAACUAUACUGAAAGUGAUGGCAAGAGAACGAGGUAUAUGUUUCUGGCAAGCGUGUUAACUGGUGAAUCCAAGCUUGGACGUAGAAACUUACGUCGACCGCCUUUGCAAGAUCCAAGUAAUCUUACCAGCGAUUUGUACGAUUCUUGUGUUGACGACGAAAAUCAACCAAAGAUCUAUGUCAUUUUUAACGACGAACAGUGCUAUCCUUCAUAUUUGAUUAAAUAUGUCUUGAAAUAGUUUAAAGCUAAGAAGCCAUAUGCAUCACCAUGGUAAACAGUCAGACACAAGCGCCUUCAGCGAUCCUAUCAUUUGCAGGGGGAUCCUGAAAUGAAAUCCCAUUGAAUUGAGGGAAAUAAUAGGUUAAAAAAUAAUAAUAAAAAAUAAUCAGAAACCAAGAAAAAUAAAUUACCUCAGUGUAUUAUCUAUGGCUUGAUGUACCAUAUAAUUCACUCACCGUCUAAGCGUGAAAGGGUAAGCUCCUUUUCUGUCAAAUAAUCAAAAUUUAAGUUGAAAGUCAAUUAAACAUCUGAAAUCAGGGUUUAUUACGAUUUGAGUGCAUGCGUACUUUUCUAGGGUCUCGAGAAUUACUUUGUACGUUAUUUCAGUUUGAAGGAAAGUACUAAUUUAGCUUCUGUUAUACCUUAAAAUUUUUCAAUUUUCUAUGGGUUUAGCAGUGCAAUAAACGGCAGGUUUUUUUAACCAA